AUGCUCGCGCGAUGGACGUUACCGCCGGCGACGGCCGACGACGAGAGCAACCAGACGAGUCUCGAUGACCUCGACCUGAGCGCGUUCGCGAGCCUCACCAGCUUCCAGGCGCCACGACGUGCGCAGAGCAAGCUCGAGACAUGGAAGGGCCGGAAGAGCUCGACCGACAGCAACAGCAGCAGUGGCGACAACCAGCGCGACGACGCCAUUUGGACGCGAUCGCCGGAAGAGCCAGCCGGUAGCCGCGACUUGGCCGUGGCGCCGACCCUGCGCGCGCUUGCGCCGAGCUUCGUGCCACCCGAGGCACAAGUAGCGAGCCGCCCGCUGCAAGCCUCUUACAGUGCCUCGACCGCGCCACUGAGCUACACGCCGACGUACUACCACCACCACGAUCUGCCCACGCAGGCAUAUGCAGUGCCUAGCUCCAUGCACUGCGUUAUCUACUACGAGGUCGAGUUCAAGCGUGGUCGGCGCAGCAUUUUCGUGGGCUACGCUCACUUUGCACUUGGCGAGUACGUCAAGGUCGAGGCCGACCGAGGAUACGACGUCGGUGUUGUCGUCUGCGCUGGCGAGACCCUCGACCACUUGUGGGCCAACCAGGCGAUCAUGCAAAGCACAUCUCUCUUGGAGCCGCAGCAUUUGUCGAUGCCACCCAAGCGCAUCCUGCGAGGCGUUGUGGCCACCGAGCUGGACCAGCUCGCGCUCAAGGAAGCCGUCGUGCUCGACGUGUGUCGGGCCAAGGUGCGCCAGCGCUUCCUGCCCAUGGUCGUUCUCGACGCGGAAUUCCAGUUUGACCGACACAAACUCACCUUCUUCUUUCAAGCCCAACGACGCAUCGACUUUCGCGAGCUCGUGCGCGACCUCUUUGGCGUGUACAAGACGCGCAUCUGGCUCCAGCAAGUGGGCUAAUCAUCGACGACCGCCUUGUGCGAUAGACUGUGCAAUAUAGAAGUAUACCAUUUGUUUAAGAAACAACCAACGACAUGAAC